CGAGAAACGGCCUUGAAGAUAUACCUAUUCCAUGGCGCUUCGGAGCUCGGCGCGCAUAGUUUUUCCCUGGGGUUAUCCAAAGCGUUGCUGUUCUCGAUAUGAUACCUGUCGAGGGUACUCUUGCGCUCCGAGGAUUUAUUCACACUAUGGACACCUCAAAACGGUGUGCUUUUCCAAUCCACGAACGUUCACAUCGUCCUGCUUCGUACGCGCACUUAGUGGAGUUUACAGGGGAGAACCCACUCAUCAAAAUAGAAUUUUGUUUACCCCUAUAGCAAGAUUAUCUGGUUAGUUUCUUACAGUUUGAUAGUUAAUUUUUGUAGACUAUCCACCUCAUAACUUGGUCAAAUUGCCUAGUCUAUCACCUACUAUGGAGACCGGCACUGUUGUCAGCUGGGCGAAGAAUGAGGGUGAUGAGGUACCAAGUUGCAGCACAGAUUAUUUUGCUUCAGGUAAAUGAGGGUGAUCUGUUGGCUGAAAUAGAAACCGAUAAAGCCACCAUGUCUUUCGACGCAAACGACUCUGGUAUUCUGGCUAAAAUACUUGUUCCAUCAGGGACCAGGGACAUACCUGUGGGAACGGUAGGCUCUAUUGUGAUGAUUCUGUUACCGUUUCAGCCUCUCUGCAUAAUCGUCCCUGAUCCAGAUUCAGUUGCGGCUUUUAAAGAAUAUGUAGCUUCUGCAGCUCCAUCAACACCGGCGGCGAAAGCAGAGCCGGCACCACAUGCGCCCCCUGCUACACCGGCUCCGCCAACAGCACCUACUCCCGUCCCCACGCUUAGAACCCCCAAACCGGCAACCGGUGACCGUGUCUUUAUCUCCCCUUUAGCUCGUCGACUAGCCGCUGAACAGGGUAUUGACAUCAAUCAACUGAGUGGUUUGGGAACCGGCAUACGUGGGAUGGUACGCGCCGCGGAUCUCGCUAACGCAAGACCGUCCACAGCUGAUGUUUCAGCUUCUACAGCCAUGGCUGGUUCAUUCGUGGACAUUCCGACAAGUGGAUUGCGGGCAGUCAUCGCAAGUCGGCUCACAGAAUCUAACCAAACUAUACCACACUACUACUUAACGACAGAUAUCAUAAUGGAUGAUGUGCUGGAAUUUCGUCAGGACGUCAACGCAAAACUGGCCAAACGUGUUGCAAAAGCGGAGGAUGCAGUCAAAGUCACAGUGAAUGACAUCAUCGUGAAGGCUAUUGCUGUGACUUGCCGCAAAGUCCCCGAGUGCAAUUCCUCCUGGCAAGGCGAUUUUAUCAGACAGUUCAACACAGUGGACGUAAACGUAGCUGUGGCAACUUCUCAAGGACUAAUCACGCCGAUUGUUUACGGUGCAGAUUCAAAAGGCCUAGUGGAGAUCAACCAAGAGGUCCGCGCACUCGCUGCGAAGGCAAAGGAAAACAAACUUCAGUUACACGAAUUUCAGGGUGGGACGUUUACCGUUUCCAAUUUGGGAAUGUUCGGUAUUUCUUCGUUCUGUGCGAUUAUCAAUCCGCCACAAGCCUGUUUGCUGGCCGUCGGCAACACACAGCAGCAGAUCUUUCCGGAUGAAACUACGUCAAGCGGAUUUCGGAAACGACAGGUGAUGUCCGUCACUCUGUGUUGUGAUCACCGCGUGGUUGACGGUGCCGUUGGCGCGCAAUGGUUGGCUGAAUUCAAAUCCCUACUUGAAAAUCCGGCACUCAUGCUUGUUUAAGUUCGCUGCUGCCAGGUCGAUCCGCAGUGGUAGUUUAGCUUUGGUUUCCUUGCAGACUAUCAUCCUGUAUCUAUUGAAUUAGCAAAUUUUGUCGCAUUUCGCGUCCCGUUUCACUGUUUUGUUUUUACCAGAGUUUUUCCAGCCCUAGGCAUCAAGCAGCCGGUUUAUUGGUUUCCGAGUGAUUUUGAUCAUCGCUCACUCACUACCAUCUUGAGUGUUGUUUACUGCGUCCUCUGGGUACCUGCGAUUGGUCUAGGCCUCAUGGAUGUACCAAUGUCGUCCGAAAAUAUACCUGAUAUCCAA